GCUACUCGUAGCAUUGGAGUAAUUGAUGACGAGCUUGAAUCUGCAUGACUGGCAAAUUUGAGAAUCCAGGAAAGCCACUCUGAAGCAUCUGUGUCACAAAUGUGUGUCAUUUCCAAAAAUGAAUGUCCAUGCAUGGCUUUGGAACAAAUAUGCAAUCCUUAUCAUUUGCAUUGUGGUGCUGGUCAUCAUUGAAAAAGAAAACAACAUUAUAUCAAGGGUUUCAGAUAAGCUGACACUCAGACAGAUGCUGCAAACCCCGCAGACCAUGGCAGAGUUCACAGUGUCUGCUCCUAUUGUCCUGGAGGACAAUGGCUCCGUCUCUCCCAUCACCCAGCAGUAUCCUGCAAACUGGCCCUUGAGUACUGCCAGAAGGGGACUACUGCCUGGAGGAUCAAGAGGGAUCAAGAGGGCCGACAGAAUGCACAUGGAGGCAAGGGAUACAGUAACACUGACAGGAGGCGACCCCAGAGCUGUUGAGCGUGAGGUGCGCAGGCUGAUGGGUCAGGCGUCAAUCCAGCUGUAUUUCUCUGGAGGUCUGGAGGGAGAGGAGGCCUCGCUGCUGGCUCCAAAGCAGGUGCAGUUUGAUACAGAUAGGUUAAACUACUAUGUUUCGUUGCUGGUGAAUGAAGUUCUUGCCCGCCAGCCGGUCUUUGUGACGUCACGUGCAAAGUAUGAAUACGUAGGUGUACCCAACGCCACAGAGGCCAGUGUGGAGGUCGCGGGGGGUCGCAAGCACAUCCUGCUGCUGGCCACCACCAGGACCGGCUCCUCGUUUGUGGGCGAGCUCUUCAACCAGCAGGGGGCCAACAUGUUCUACCUGUUUGAGCCACUGUGGCACGUGGAGCGGAAGCUGACCUCUGACACCGGGGUGGUCAACUCCUCGGCCGCGUCGUGGGCCUACAGGGACGUCCUGCGGCAGCUGUUUGUGUGCGACUUCAGCCUGCUGGAGCGCUUCAUCAACCCGCCGCCGCAGGAGCACGUGACGCCGGCCCUGUUCCGGCGCGAGUCCAGCACGGCGCUGUGCGAGGAGGAGGUGUGCUCGCCCGUGGUCAAGGACGUGUUCGAGAGGUACCGCUGCCGGAGCCGCCGGUGCGGGCCCCUGAACCUCAGGCUGGCCUCGCUGGCCUGCCAGGCCAAGCAGCACUUGGCCAUUAAGACGGUGCGCAUCAGGCAGCUGGAGACCCUGAGGCCUCUGGUCGAGGACCCGCAGCUGGACUUGAAGUUCAUCCAGCUGGUUCGCGACCCCAGGGCCAUCCUGGCCUCGCGCAUGGUGGCCUUCUCCUCCAAGUACCAGAACUGGAAGACCUGGGCGGUGAACGGAGAGGUGCCCAUCGAGGACGAGGAGGUGAAACGCCUGCAGGGGAACUGCAACCAGAUCAAAAUGUCGGCCGAGCUGGGCUUGUCCAGGCCCGAGUGGCUGCAGAGGCGCUACAUGCUAGUGCGCUACGAGGACAUCGCCCGCUACCCGAUGCAGAAAGCAGCGGAAAUUUAUAAGUUCACCGGAAUCCCAUUCACAGUGCAGGCCAAAGAGUGGAUCCUUAGAAACACACACGCGACAGAGAAGGCCAGCGGGGUGUACUCCACCCAGAAGAACUCCUCCCAGCAGGUGGAGAAGUGGAGGUUCAGCAUCCCGUUCAAAUUAGCCCAAGUGGUGCAGCAAGUGUGUGGGCCUACCAUGCAGUUGUUUGGCUACAAGUUUGUGAAUAGUGAGCAGACUCUUGUCAACAGAUCAGUCAGCUUGCUUGAAGAAAGGGAAUUUAAUAUAACUCAGUGAUCGUUAUUUUUCUUUGUGUGUGUGUGCGUGUGUGAGUGUGUGUAUUUGUUUAUGUGAUUGUGCAGAUUUUGGAUGUAGGUUUGCACAUGGACAUUGCAUUUAUCAUUUGUUAUUUAUGGUUCACAUUAGAGGAGCAAAAUGGAUUUUUUUUAAUUUUUAA